AAGUUAAUAAAAUCACACCACACAUGGCACGAUGGCUACCUCCAAACUGAAGGGUGCAGUGUGUCUGAUUGCCAGUGGUGCUAAAAAUCUUGGAGGUGUUUGUGCUCAUAAUAUUGUUGAAAGGGGAGGAAAAGUGGUUUUAUGUGACACGGAGGCAGAGUCAGGAGAAAAAAUACAAGAGGCUUUAGGAAAUGAAAACUGUUUAUUUGUUCCUGCUGAUUUGACAAGGGAAAAGGAUGUAGAAAAAGUCAUUGCUUUGACAGCACAGAAUUUUGGGAGACUUGAUGUGACCAUAAAUUGUCCAACUCGAGCCAGAACUUUUAAAAUUCUCUCAGAGAAAGAACUGAAGAAAUAUGCAGAUCACAACACUGCAGUAGAAAAAGAAAAAUCAAAAAACAUUGAAAAUAUUUUUAAGGAAAAUUUGACCAGUACUUUUAAUGUAUGUAGACUAAGUGCAGGGCUGAUGGCUGAAAAUAAACCUGAUGUAAAUGGUCAGAGAGGGGUGAUCAUUAACAAAUCUCACAGCCUGGCGUUUGGGAGUUCCCUGGCUCCUUACACCAUGUCCCAGUCUGCAAUAAUCGGGAUGACACUUCCAAUGGCAAGGGAUCUCAAUGACCUGGGUAUAAGGGUCAACAGCAUUGCUAUAGGAUUCCUAGAUUAUCAGAUACAUAGAACACAGAAUGGAAAAAUUGAAAAACCCAUAUUUAGUUUGAUGACAUUUCCCCAUAAACUUGGCUCAUCACAAACAUUCUUUCAUCUUUGCGAGAAAAUCAUUGACAAUCCGUAUGUGAAUGGAGAGGUUAUUAAAUUAGAUGCUGGAGUGAAUACGAUAUUAUUAUGAUAGAGCAUGCUGCUUCAGGUGAAUGGACUUGGGAGUCUUGAUGAGUUACCAGGUAGUGUGGCCAGUUUUGUACGAAAGUUUGUCAUACAACGACAACAGUUAUACUGAAGGGGACUUUCCCAGCGAACACUGGAUCACACAAGCACCGUCAUGGCACAGGCUCACUAUGUUAGAUCUGGUUGUUAUAUGUUGCAGUCUAUACUUCCCAAAAGAAUUUCUUUCUGGCAAGUCAUAGAAAUGCAGAUAGAAAUUAAACUGUUUUAUUAAAAUAUGGAAGAAAA